AUUACAAAACCCCUUUGCACUUUGCGCUCAGCCAACAAAAACCCUAAAACCAAUCCAAAUUCAGCUCAGUUCAGCUGCGACACUUUCUUCAACAAUCUUCGCAAAAAUGUUGAGAAUCAAAACCGCUAAAACGCGCAGGGGAAAGCGAGAGCUUGAGAAGCGUGCUCCCCAACUCGUUGAAUCGGGGAAGAAGACGCUACUACUUCACGGGACUAAGACAAGCUCAGUGUUGAACUCUGUUUUGACGCAGAUUUACCAUCUGAAGAAGGAAAGUUCGGUGAAAUACAGCAGAAAGAAUGAUAACAUUAACCCUUUUGAGAGUGGUGGUGAGGUCCCUUUGGAGUUCUUCUCUCGGAAAACGGAUUGCAGCAUCUUUGUGUAUGGAUCUCACUCGAAGAAGCGACCUAACAACCUUGUUAUAGGGAGGAUGUAUGAUCACCAUAUCUAUGAUCUAGUUGAAGUCGGGGUUGAAAAUUUUAAGCCAUUGGACUCAUUUACUUAUGAUAAAAAAUUAGCUCCAAAAGAAGGGUCAAAACCUUUCAUAUGUUUUAUUGGAGAAGGAUUUGAGGCUGUAGAAGAACUAAAACAUUUAAAGGAAGUCUUACUUGAUCUUCUUCGUGGAGAGGUUGUGGAGAAUAUAAAUCUUGCUGGAGUGGAUCGUGCAUAUGUAGUUUCUGCGGUGUCUCCAAACAGGGUAUUUUUUACACACUGUGCAUUACGACUGAAAAAAUCAGGCACCGUUGUGCCAAGAAUGGAAUUGGUCGAAGUUGGCCCUUCCAUGGACAUGGUAAUUCGUCGGCAUCGUCCACCUAAUGAGAGUUUGAGGAAGGAAGCCUUCAAAACUUCACUGCAGAAGCCAAAGAAAAAGGAGAAGAAUGUUAAAGGGGAUCCAUUACAAGGGAAGAUUGGAAGUAUUUAUAUUCCAGAUCAGAAGAUUGGAGAAAUGUCUUUACCUAACAAAUCGAAGGGGGUGAAGAGGGAGCGCCGAGAAGCCAAGCAGAACAGGGGCGAGCAACAUUCUUCCAAAAGAAGGAAGGAAGAUUCUUAAUGUUCUAAAUUGCACAUGUUGGCUUGCUGUGAGUUUUGAUAGUAAAGAGUGAUCAAAUUGUAUCAGACUAGAUGGUUUAGGUUACAUGAAUUUUAAGUAUUCCCUGUAUGUAUGGGAGUUUUGUCAUGUUAUUUCCCUUAUUAUAGUUUUUGCCCUUAAAAUUUUGCCACACCCAAGUGACCUCCAUUAUCCCAGUUUGUGAUUCGGUUGUUUGUUUAUUCAUAUAGGAUUAAACUUCAAAUAUAUUUGAUUCCAAUGAAAUUCUAUAUGAUUAUAGCAUGAAUCAA